UCUCUUCUCUAGUUAGUUGACAAAUUUUUACUCCUUCUUUCUUCAUGUUUCAAAACCAUUCAAUUAUUUUCAAUCAAUGUUUUCAUAAAUUACCAAUUUCCACGCAAUUUCCUCCACAAUUUUUCUUCUGAUUAUUCUUCACACAAAAAUUUGAGUUAUUGAACACCUUGUUUCUCAGUAAUUCUUAGUUUUCCACUAUUAAUUCUUUGUACUUUAUCAAAGUACCCCAUUUAAUUUCCAAUACCAAAUUUCUCAUCUUUAUACAUAAACAGCAUUACCCUUUUGAAAUAUUCUUCUGGGGUGUCAAUAUUUUUGAUAAAGUUGACAUUUUGACUUCAAAAUCUGAUACCCUUUGAGUUUUUUUUUUGUGGAAAUAAUAGAAAAAGUUCAUAUUUUGAAUCAAGUUUCUGAUACCCUUUUGAGAAAUUUUGUAUUUUGGUUUAUAUAAUGAAGCUUGUGGUUCGUGUGAUUGAAGCAAUGAAUUUGCCACCAACGGAUCCAAAUGGGUUGAGUGAUCCAUAUGUGAGGUUACAAUUAGGAAAACAAAGGUUUAGGACUAAAGUGAUUAAGAAGAGUUUGAAUCCUAAAUGGGAUGAAGAGUUUAGUUUUAAGGUGGAUGAUCUUAAAGAAGAGUUGGUAGUUUCUGUUAUGGAUGAAGAUAAGUUUUUGAUUGAUGACUUUGUUGGUCAACUUAAAGUUCCUAUGUCACUUGUUUUUGAUGAGGAGAUUAAAUCACUUGGUACUGCUUGGUACUCUUUGCAACCUAAAAGCAAGAAGACAAAGUACAAGGAACCUGGUGAGAUUCGUUUGAGCGUAUAUUUUGAACUGAAAACUGCGUCUAUUGAGUCAAAUGUUCACGGUGAUCUAGUAUUCCAUCCAAGAAAAUUUGCCGAUUCUAUUCCUGAAUCGCCUUCAAGAUCUUCCACUGGAUAUUCAAGCUCAUCUUCUCCUGCUAGGGAAGAAGUUACAUCUGUUAAGGAUGAAAAAUCCGGUACACAGAAAUCACUCACAGGAAGAAUUGCUCAUAUAUUUAAUAAGAGUUCUGAUACGUCGUCAACCCUAUCGCGUAGAAGCGUUGACUCAGACCAAACUGAAAUUAGUAAAGAGGAAGUUAUCGAGGUCAAGACUGAGGACCAGUCUUCGGACAUGACAUUUGACGAAGCUAUGAAGAAACUGCAGUCUUCAGAUCAAGGAAGUGAAAUUCCUACCAAUUUACCAGGAGGGUUGUUAGUCGAUCAAUAUUAUACAAUUGCACCAGAAGACUUGAACACAUUACUCUUUUCUUCCGAAUCGAAUUUUCUCAGGUCGUUGGCUGAUGUACAGGUUAGUACCGAACUACAAUUAGGACCUUGGAAGUUCGAGAAUGGCGGGGAGAGCCUCAAAAGAUUAGUGAGUUACGUCAAGGCUCCGAGUAAAUUAAUUAAAGCAGUCAAAGCCUUUGAAGAACAGACAUAUUUAAAAGCUGAUGGGAAGAACUUUGCCGUUCUAGUCAGUGUCAGCACACCUGAUGUUGUGUACGGGAGCACUUUUCGGGUAGAAAUACUUUAUACAAUCACACCUGGACCGGAGUUGCCCUCAGGAGAACAGUGUUCGCAUCUGGUUAUAUCCUGGCGAAUGAAUUUUUUACAGAGCACCAUGAUGAAAGGAAUGAUAGAAAAUGGGGCUCGGCAAGGUGUGAAGGAUAGUUUUGAACAAUAUGCCAAUUUAUUAGCUCAGGAUGUUAAACCUGUCGAUCCAACAGAACUUAGUUCCAAUAAGGAACAAGCUCUGGCAUCAUUACAAGCUGAGCCGCAGUCAGAUUGGAAGCUGGCAGUGCAGUAUUUUGCUAACUUCACCGUAGUCUCAACAGUUUUCAUAGGCCUGUAUGUGCUUGUCCACAUAUGGCUUGCUGCUCCGAGUACAAUUCAAGGGCUCGAGUUUGCUGGACUUGAUUUGCCAGAUUCAAUAGGUGAAUUUGUUGUUUGUGCUGUCCUGGUUCUUCAAGGUGAACGCAUGCUGGGUUUUAUCUCACGCUUCAUAAAAGCCAGAGCACAAAAGGGUAGUGACCAUGGAAUUAAAGCACAAGGAGAUGGAUGGUUAUUAACUGUUGCCUUGAUUGAAGGAAACAAUUUAGCUUCUGUUGACUCUGGUGGCUACUCUGACCCAUAUGUGGUGUUUACUUGCAAUGGGAAAGUAAGAACCAGUUCAAUCAAGUUCCAAAAAUCUAAUCCUUUAUGGAAUGAAAUAUUUGAGUUUGAUGCAAUGGAUGAUCCUCCUUCUGUGAUGGAUGUGGAAGUUUAUGAUUUCGACGGGCCUUUUGAUGCAACUACAUGUCUAGGGCAUGCUGAGAUUAAUUUUCUAAAAGUAAACAUCUCAGAUCUUGCUGAUAUAUGGGUUCCUCUUGAAGGAAAGCUAGCUUCGGCAUGCCAAUCUAAGUUGCACUUAAGAAUUUUCUUGGACAAUACUAGAGGUGGAAACGUAGCAAAAGACUAUUUAAAUAAAAUGGAAAAAGAGGUUGGGAAGAAGAUUAAUAUGCGGUCUCCUCAAACUAAUUCAGCAUUCCAGAAACUCUUUGCGCUUCCACCUGAGGAAUUUCUCAUCAAUGACUUCACCUGUCAUUUGAAGAGAAAAAUGCCCCUGCAGGGACGCCUAUUUCUUUCACCAAGAAUAAUUGGAUUUCAUGCAAAUCUAUUUGGAAAGAAAACAAAAUUCUUUUUUCUUUGGGAGGAUAUUGAAGAAAUCCAGGUUGUUCCUCCUACAUUUUCUUCAAUGGGGAGUCCAAUAGUUGUCAUAACUCUUCGGCCGGGUAGAGGUGUGGAUGCAAGGCAUGGUGCGAAAACACAAGAUGAGCAAGGAAGGCUAAAGUUCCAUUUCCAGUCCUUUGUAUCGUUCAGUGUCGCACACAGGACAAUCAUGGCUCUCUGGAAGGCCAGAUCAUUGACUCCUGAACAGAAGAUGAAGUUUGUUGAACAGGAAUCUGAAACCAAAACCCUUAUAAGUGAAGAUAGUUGCCCGUUCCUUGUCGUGGAUGAUGUCAGCAUGUCAGAAAUUUAUUCUUGUUCUCUUCCAAUUCCUGCAAGUUUCCUGAUGGAGAUAUUUAGUGGGGGUGAGGUUGAUCGUCGGGUCAUGGAAAAUUCUGGUUGUCUGAAUUACUCUUAUACCCCAUGGGUAUCAGAGAACAGUGAUAUCUCUGAGAGGGCAGUAUAUUACAAAUUUGAGAAGCACAUUUCGAGUUAUAAAGGUGAAGUGACAAGUACUCAGCAAAGAUCUCCCCUUUUGGAUGGAAAGGGUUGGGUUGUUGAAGAGGUUUUAAAUCUUCAUGGUGUUCCUCUUGGUGAUUAUUUCAAUAUACACAUUCGCUAUCAUAUAGAGGAUUUACCCCCAAAAGCAAAGGGGUGUAGAGUGCAAGUAUUCUUUGGAGUUGAAUGGCUGAAAAGUACAAAGAAUCAGAAAAGGAUUACAAAGAACAUUCUACAAAAUCUGCAGGAACGUCUUAAAGUGACCUUUAGUCUAGCUGAGAAGGAGCUUUUACCAAGAUAGCAAAUGAGACUUGAAAAUGGAAGUUAGCUGAUAUUAUUUCAGCACAAAUGUCGGUUCCAUUCAAGGACUUGGACUAGGUUGUAUGAUGCAUCAGAUUAUAAGGUUCAUGUGAUUGUGUUGUUUGUCCUUGGAUUGCACGACAAUCCUAACUUCAUUGAAUAUCAGUGGAACUCUGACCAGAGCUAGAUCGAUCCUUAAAAUUGUGCUGGUCUUCAAACCAAAUUACUCUCCAGAGCUGGAGAGAUAACUGGAUUACUCCGUUGUGCAUAACCAUGACUAUGGCAGGAGAUACUCAGAUUGUAACAGCAUAGUUGUUAGCUUAUCACCAGGGUCAGCAGGACUCAGGAACAUGUAUACUAAUUAUUGUGAAGAUUGUGACAAUUGACAGUAGUGGUCAAGAAAUGCUUUUUGUCAUACAUGAAAUGUAGAUAUUUUUUAUGCCUUAGAAGGCCACUGAUCCUUCAA